GUCUGGCUCUAAUGAUGGACUCUGGACUGCUGCUGCUUCUCCUCUGGGCUCUGAUAGGAACGGCUUCCCCUCAGGAUUCAGGGUCGUGUGUGGAGCGACUUCAGGGAGGAGACAGGAAAACGAGAGCCUGUCCUCGGACCUGCAAAUCUGACGCAGAAUGUGGCAGCAAGCGCCAGUGCCUGUGCGACGGCGAGUGCGGUCUGAGCUGUGUGGCUCCAGGUCGUACUUGUCCCUGGCCUCUUCCCCCGAGUGAAAACUCUGUGUUUCGCCUGGUGUCUGCCACUCCUUCCUUCUCCGCCCUGCUAGAAGUCCGUUGCAAGCCGGGCUUUACGUUGCCCGAUGGCUUGGAUGUCACGGUUCGUCGGUGUCAGGGUGACCGACAGUGGAGUGGGGAUGAACCCAUCUGCGCAGAGGCUCAGUCACCUGCUCCAACAUGCCCUUUGCCAGAGGAGGUGAUCAACACCCUCAGCAUCCACGGCGACGCCUCUGUGGGGACUUCAAUCCACUACAGCUGCCUGUCUGGGGCGGAUGUGGUGGGAAGCAGGGAAAAUUUCUGUCAGGACAACCAGACCUGGAUGCAUCCUCACCCGGUCUGUAAAAAACUGUUCUGCCAACCUCCAAAGGAAGUGCAGCAGGGCUACGUGGUUGCGGUCCAGAAGACAGAGUAUGAGGUCGGCUUUGACAUCCACUAUCUAUGCAAGAAGAACUACCGGCUGGAUGGACCCCAGAAGAUCACCUGCCUGUCAAACGGCAGCUGGAGCGCGUCUCCGCCACACUGCCGAGCUCGCUGUGUCAUCCCUGCUGAGCGGAGCCGUGUUGUGAUUGGUGGAGUGAAGCGCUGGCCGUUUGAUGUCACGGACGCCAUGGUUCCCCACGGGGAAAACGUGACAUUCUACUGCAAACAUCCCAAGAAGCAGUGCAGCUUCACCGCAGCCCAGGCCUGCUUUGACGGGAAGCUGCAGACACCAGAGUGCUACCUUGAGCCGACAUGGUUGCAGUACAAACUCUUCCCACAUCGGCUGGUGUCGGAAAUUGAAACAUGUGCGCCUGGUGACAUGGAGUGAUUACCCAAGAUCUCAACCCACCAAGACAUGCAUCUGUUUAAGAACUCCUCCUGAACACUCAGCACAGCUUCAUGUACUUCGAUUAUGGUCACCUAGAUACUCUUUGUCCAACAUCUGUUAGCUCUUUUUGACAGGUAUUGUGAAUUAGUCUAAGCUCUUCAUUUUGAGUUUAGGUAUACUUCUGUUUUUCUUGCACACUAAUCAAAAGGCAUUGUUAUUACAUUCAAACAUUGCAAGUUAUAUUCAAAUCCUGCUGCAGCUUGAGUUGCUCCAUACAGUAGAGACCGUAAUCAUGAUAUAUGCAGUGGCGGUUCUUGGUUGAACAGCACCCACAGCGAGUCCCUUCCUUGCUUUAUUUGCCACAAAUGCCCUCAGAUAUUUCCUAUGAUUUCAACAGUUUCAAUCUGUUUUAAAGAAUGUUUGCAGUGUAGAACGAUCCAGACCAGAUUCGAUCAGGAUGAGGACGUUUGCUCUUGAACUGGACACGACCAAGCGCAGUACAAAUGAUUUCCAAAACUCAAAUUGCAAAUUGAGUCCAAAAAUUUGCAUAAUCAGAACAGUCAGAUUUUGUUAGCGUACAGAAUGUAGUUACUGAGAACUGUGGAAAUUCAGUCUGUAAAAAUGUUGACAUGAAAAAUGUGGUGGAAUUGCAUGUUUAAGGUAUAAAACCAAAGGUUCACUGUGAACUUAUUGAUCUGCAGGGAUGGAGAUUUGUGAAUGGUAACUAGCUGAGCAGAUAGAUAAAUCAAUUGGCUGAUACAUUUAGAGAUCUUGUUUCAGACCUGGAAUGUAUUUAAAUCAAACUGCAGACUAGAGGGGUGUGAAGCUGCAUAUUUUGGUAUUGAUCUGAUAAGAAAUAAACAAGGGGCCAGUAUUACCAAUGCCAAUAUUGAUCAAAAUAUUUUUAUGAUGCUAGUUUAAUAUAUCAGGUCUCUAACAUUUAGGUGGUUUUAUGUUUUUUUUCCCUUUGAAAUAUAUAUUGUUAAAAUCUUAGAAAGUAUUUUUGCUAAGUUUAUAAAUGUCAACUGAAUACAUAAGAAACAUAUUAACAUGAUCAACAGAGACAACAUAACAAAACAAGUUUGUGUGCGCUGUUUCCUGAAACAAAGUGUAAAAAGGACAAUCAAAACAAAGACUUUUUGAGGCAGAAUUGAAAAAAUAAAAUAAAAUGGGAUUUCAUAAGGCAACCUGAAACUAAAAUAUCAAUCUUACACACUAGCAUUUAUCUGAUACUUACUUAGUAUUGACAUUGUCAUUAAUUUGGAUUGAUCUGCCUGACUCUAUUGCUCGCUAUUAAAGGUCGGUGUGAACAGGAUUGCUUCUGGUAUAACUUUUUCUCCUUGUGCCGCCCGUGAGACUGUGCUGCCCUGGUAAAAGAGCCAUAUUGUCCACAUCAACAACCGCCACUGGAUGCAUGUAUGUUUCAUUAGUAGAUUAUAUAUUAUACAUGAACUGACUCUGUGAUAUGUUUCACUGGGAUAUCUUUUUGUUUUUCCUGCUCAGUCUGAGACAUCAAGCCUGCGGGGCUUGUGAGUUUGAUAUUUUUUGAUGUUUAAAAUAAAGGAAAACGACGUGAAAACGA